AUGCCCUUCACAGCUAAAGAAAGGAAGAAGGUUGAAAAACUGAGACGGAAGUACAGGAUUGAAUUCCGCGGAGAAGUGCCAAGCCAUGAAUGGCCCGACAGCCAUCGUCCAACGUUCACCGCGGUUGAUGAGUUAAGCAAGAGGCAGUUCGACACCUACGCGGCUUGUGCAAUAGCUAUUGAAGAUGCACCAUGGACUGCAGAAAUAAAGAACCACGCUGAGGAACUCUCUGAGCGCGCUAAGCGCUGUGUGAGUCGAAAUGAAUCGACCUGGCGGUUUGCGUGCGAACCCUACGCCUUGGCCCGACUUACUUCAGAAGUCGUAUGCAAGUUUUGUCGGAAGAGAGUAUGGCGUUCGGAAAUCGAAGCCACAAGUGAGGGGAACUCGAUUAUGACAGAAGCCCUGCGUGCUCGGCAAAAUAAACGAGAACCAUGUCGCUGUUCGCGAGACUUCAGGCUUGGGGAUUUAAUGGAAGCUGUCGGGCUGAAUCGGAUUUUUGGCCACCGGGAGGAUGAAAUGGUACACCACGAUUCAACUAUCCAGCAAGAACUACCGAGAGCGACAAAACCGGAUGCAAUUUACGGACUUCGACAGACUCGAAACAUUGAAAACCUCUUGAACGACACGGCCUGUAUAGGUAGACCGGAGGAUGGUCAGGAUAUACUUGUUCAUGAGUCCCUGGGAGAGCCUCCGCUUAGUGAAGAAGGAGACCCAGUGGUGUUCCCAUUUCUUCUUCUCGAGGCAAAGUCAGCGAAGGCAGCCGAUAGUGACUGGCAUUCCAUUCAAUUGCAAUCCGCGUUUCCGGUGCGGACCCUGUUAUGCACGCAAGAGUCGUUGAAGAAUAUGACUGAGCCGCACGCGAAGCGCCAAGCUGAUCCACUAGUCUGGCUAUUAAUGAAUAGAGGAGAAGAUUGGCGAGUCUCCGCAGCAUGCGUAUAUAAUGAUGCAGCCGAGAAACCUGGGACUGUUGGUACUACUGAAUAUCAAAUUUUUGACCUAUGGAGAGGCUCAAUUACAUCGAAAAACGGGGCAUUGCAGCUUCUGCUGAUUGUCGAUUACGUGUUUGAGUGGGCUCGUGACAUUUAUCGCGAGGACAUAUUGAGCAAACUCAGGAUCGUAGCAUCAGGGCAGAAUGAUUGUGCAAGCAUGAUUCAUCCAGACACUGACAUACUUUCCACAUUGACGUCAAUGCAUCCUACCAUGUCAGAUGAGGACCAUGGAAGCACCCAGGACAGCUACCAUCAGGGUCUCAAGGAUUUUGAAGCACUGGACAGCAAAUGGGGGAUCAUUCGACAUGCCACCUUUGUCGAGAGUCAAUAUCGUUGCUUUUUCGUGACAAGGGACAAUGUGACGACAAUGCUACAAUCAACUCAAGAUCAAGCUAGGCAAAUCCUCGCCAGACAAAUUAUCACAAAGUUGCAAGAGGUUCCUCUAUUGAUAAGUUGGGCCUGUCUGAGUAUGAUUGAGGAGGAGUGGACUGGACGUUCUCGGAUGCCACGAUCACAUCAUCUCGAUCAAAUCAAAUUCUAUGCUGUAGUGACAUAUGCCUCAUUUCUACUGCCGAACUGGGCGCAGGUUCGGGAAUUGACCGUGAUCGCCAUCGCUGAAGACGCAUUUGAGCAUCUCGUUACGGCCUCUAUGUACAGCCGACGGCGAGCAUCUUCUCAACCGCCUUUGGUGGGAAAGGAAUGUGAAAUCGAAGUGCUGAAGAAUAUGAUCGCUAAACUUCAUGCGGGAAAUAUGAGGCAUACCCUCUUCGCUGCCAUCCGACGAAUUUGCUUGAGGGUAGAUGGCCGGGGAUCUCAGAUUCGUUUGGUGGCCAGCAAUGCAAUUCCUAGGGAUAUCGUCCAUUACAUUUACAACCAUUUCAAGAAAGGACAACUCGAACCCCAGGAGCCAUUUUUGCAUACAUCGAGUUCCUUUGACCAGAUACAUUUGUCAAAUUCAUCACUGGAGCCUUUUGACUUUGGAAAUCUCAAUGUUUCCUCAGACGGGUGCGUUCUGGUCUAUGCUCACGGCCAUCAACACGAUGCUGGACGCCAGAUGAGCUCAGUAUGCGUCUUUUUCACAGAUGGACCACCCGAUUUACCAACGCAGGAGAUUUUAGGUAUGGCAAUCAAAAACACAUUUGAGAACCAUGAUGUCUAUCACACCUCGCGGAUUCAUAGGGUCCCGAAUUUCCGCGGGUUCGCAAAGGAUAAAGCUGGAAAACGUUGGAAUAUUCAAAAUUCCUAUGGUAUUUUCUCGGAAGGAUUUCAAUUUGUGGACUGGAUUUUAUUUCUGGGAUGCGGACCUCCUGUUCGCCAAGGUUCAUCAUGGCCCGGGACAAGCGCGGAUCUCUUUUUACGCAAUCAUUACCCCUGGCAGGAACCUGGAUACAUAUAUUCGGCCAUCGCCAGGCGGAUCUUUGUUAUUUACAAAAUUGUCACUCGGGAAGUUCGAUACUGGCGAACUAUUGCGAAAGAAUGCAAAGACCGGGGCAUCGACUGCUGCGAUAUUUGCGCCGGUGAAGUGGAAUUCGGGGACAAGAUUUGCGACGAGUGCAGUGCUGAAAUCUUCGCCCAAGUAGACGAGUUUUGGUUCGAAAAUGCACUUCUCGGGAAGCAGCCAAUUGACUACAGACCCAUCAACCCAGAGCUUCAAGAAUACGCGCAAAACUUGCGUUUCAAGAUGGACGAACAUGAAGCAGACGAUAUCGAUGUCAAGUUUGAGAAACAUCUUAGUUUCUAUGAGGAAUUAGAUGAGGGAUACAAUGACUUACAGGAAUUACGAGUGCAAACUAGGAAGUUUGAGAGGAUUCAUAGGGAAGCAGAGUGGCCUUCCAGGAAACGGAGAAGGUCAAGUGAGAUAACUUCGGAGACUGACUCUAUAGAGCAGAUGUAA